GUUUCUGUAUAUCAAGCCCAACAGACAUAAUCUUCACAACGGCACGACAAACUUUUAGCUCUCGAGCUCCCUAAGAACAGCUCAACGGCGGAAAAUACCCAACUAGACACACAUAAUCAUCACCACCUUUCAUAAUGGCAACCCGCGCCGUUCCCCGCGCCCUCCGGGCCAGCAACAUCUUCUCCACAGCAACCCGCCCAACCAUCCCAAUUCUUUCCUCAAGCCAAAGAGCCUUCCACAUCAGCGCGACCCGCCUGCAAAAGAAGAAGAAGAACACCACCACCACCACCACUCCUACCCCUGGAGCGGGCGCCUUCGCCCGAACUGACGACUCGAUCACCGUCGAAUACCCCGAAGACUCCUCCCAGCUCCCCUCUUCGCAGCCAGUGGACAGCGGCAUAGGAAGAGCGGGGCAGAAUGUUUUCCCGACGCUUGCCACGUUUUCUCUCCAAGGAAAGGUGGGCGUGGUGACGGGCGGAGCGAGAGGGUUGGGGUUGGUGAUGGGGCAAGGGAUCGUGGUUAGUGGUGGGGAUUUGGCUAUUGUUGAUUUGAACAAAGAAGAAGCAACCAAACAAGCCCAAAACAUCGUCGAGACCUUCAAGAAGGACUAUCCUUCCGCCAAGAAAAUCCCCAAAGUAACAGCCCACUACGCCGACGUCUCCGACCCAGCCUCCGUCGACGCCUGCAUCGCCGAGAUCGUCGCCGAGCACGGCAAAAUCGACAACCUCGUCACUUCUGCCGGCUUCACAGAGAACUUCGAAGCCGUCAAUUACCCAGUGGACAGGAUGCGCAAGCUCUGGGGCGUCAACGUGGACGGGACGUACUUGUUCGCUACGGCUAUUGCCAGGCAUCUGAUGGGCCGCAACUCCCCCGGCUCCCUCGUCUUCAUAGGCUCCAUGUCCGGCAGCAUCGUCAACGUGCCCCAGCCGCAAACUCCUUACAACGCCUCCAAAGCGGCCGUCCGACACCUAGCCGCCUCUUUCGCGGUAGAAUGGGCCAAGGCGGGAAUCCGUGUCAACUGCAUUUCCCCCGGCUACAUGCUCACGGCUUUGACCAAAAAGAUCCUGGACGAGAACCCGGACUUGAAGGAGAAGUGGACUUCGCUGAUCCCGCAGGGCCAGAUGGGUAACCCCGAGGAUUUGAUGGGUCCAGUCACAUUCUUGUUGUCGGAUGCUAGUCGGUAUGUGACGGGGGCGGAUUUGAGGGUUGAUGGGGGGUAUACUUGUACGUAAGUGGCAUGGGGAGGAAAAGGGGAUUCGGUCUUGCGACGAAAAGUAGUUGGAUGCGGCUGGAUGGCUGUAUUGAGGAUGGGAGGGAAACGGCGAAAUAAAUGGUAGAGGGUGUUGAAUGUGAGCAGCUACAAUCGAACAGCAUUGUUUCGUGUA